GUUGGAAUUCUCCCGUCCGGGGAGACAGAUUGGCUUGGGAAAGUCCCUUCGGCUUCUCCCUCCCUCUCCGAAGCUCCUCCCCUUCAGCGCCGGCCUCGGUUGCCGUGGCGACGAAAGCGGCGUUGCCGGUUGCUAAGAUGGUGGGCCGGCGGCCGCGCGGCUCCGGAGCCCGCUGAGGGGGCUUCUCUGGGUGCUUCCCAGGCGGCAAGUGGGGCUCGCGGGGACCCCGCUGCGGGCAGUCCGAGGAGCCCCGAACGCGAACGCCCGAACCCUGUCAGACCCACCGCGCGCCGGGGCGUAUGACUGGGCCUGUGUAGGGCGGAGAAGAGGAUGGCGGCGGAAGGCUAAGGGUGGAUGGAGCUUGGCGGCGGCGGCGGUGGAGGCGGCAGCAGCGGCGCUUCCUACUACCCCACCUCCUGGAGGCCGGCAACCGCGGUGGCGGCAGAGCACAGCAGCCCGGCUUUGGGGAGGGCGCCCGAGGAAGUUGCUACUGCCGGAGCCGACCUCUCCGCGGCUGCUCCAAGCUGGAGGAAAGGCUUGUCGGAAAGUGCCCCGCCGCGGGGACUUGGCCGCCGGUCCUUGAACGCCUUCGUCCCUUGCACAAAUCUAAAGGUUCUUCUUGAAAGAGAUUUAUCAAAAGAGCGUCAUGAGUUGCUGAAAGAUCAAAGAUUGUUUCGUAAUCGAGCAAGAAAACAUUCUAUAGAAACAAAUAAAAGAAGGAGACAACUUGAAGAAAAAUGGAAAGAGAGUGAAGAAAAAGAACAAAAAUUUAGAGAACAAAUAUUGCUGCAGAGGAAACUGAAACAUCAGGAAGCAACUGAAAAAUUCCAGCGCAGCCAUAUUUCAUCUUCACAGCGCAAAAAAGUACAGAGAAAGCCAGAAAAUAAAUUGGAUGAAGCCCAGAAAUUUCAGGUUUCAGGAUUAUCAUCAUCUAGAGUCAUUGGAAG